AUGUCUGUUCCUCCCCAUUACACUUCUGAGAUUGACUACUUCCUUUCGCUUCUCGAAGACGAUGAUUCAGCCGCCUACCCUGAGACUAGCGGCCAUGACUUGAACCAGGACGGAAACGAUGUCCAUGAUGGUGGAGCGAAUUUCGCGUCGCCAGGGGAUGUAUUCGGAGAGGGUCACCGCGACCCUUUCAGUCCCCCCUCUCCCGCUACUCUAUACCGGCCCCCCUUCGACACGCUAGGUUUCAAUGAUGGCCUCCCCGGCAUUGGUGCAUUUAACUUGAGGCCGGCUCUUCAAGUUCCUUUCACCGCCGUAGAUACAUCGAUCUUUCAGGAUACAACGGGAUUCCAAAACGGGCCUCCCUCUUCGUCCAUCCCGUCAGCAAAUUUCGAGUUCCUCACUACUACGUUGAUCGCACCUCAAAACACCGACGUCCGCCAAUGUCCGCUCGACUAUGCUGACACGUACGCGGGCCCAGGGCAAUGGCCCGACAUGAUGGCCACCGAUCCAGCUUUGGCCAGUGGCGUCUGGACUAGUCCGCCUCUCGCUGCCCAUGGGUCUUCGUCACCUGAAGCGCAAGUAUAUAACACGUCGGCCCCUGCUCGUCGGAAAGCAAAGACUAGCCCAAGGAAGACAAAGACCCAGCUUGCACACAAGGAUAUCUAUCUCAAGACACCACCCGAGUACCGUUUCAAAUGUCUCUUCUACCGCUGCUCAAGUGAUUUCGGGGAGGCAAAAGUUCGAGCCAACCAUAUGGGCAAGCACUUCGGUCUCUUCUGGACCUGCCCGAGGCUUGCGUGCUCCAUAUCAUUCUGUCGCAAAGACAAUGCGUGGGCACACUUUAAAAGGUUCCCCGAGUGUAUGAAACACGUCCCAAGAGACGAUGCUGGCAGGGUUAUGUACGAGGCUUUCCAGAGCAGGGAGAAUGAGCCAUGGCUUGACCUUGACGAUUUGUUCAAAACUGAAUAUCCGGAAAACGCUGACCAGUCGGUCACAGCGUGUAGAAUCAGGGAACGCUGGGACCAGUUGCCGAUGCUCCUUGAGCCUUCUUGUUUCCAUGAUGUCUGA